AUGGCCGAGACGAUCACCACCCAGGUCGUGGGCAAGGUCCAAGUCCCAGCCGGCGCGACCAAGGAGAGCACGGCGCCGCAUGGCCACCGCUACACCUCCCACAUCUCAAGGCCCUAUGACGACGUCGCGCCCGAGAUCCAGGACCUGGUGCGCACCGUGAUGGGGCUGUACAGUCGUGCCUCCUUCAGCACGGACGACGGCCAGAAAAUCCUGUUGCGCUUCGUGCACAACGCUGUGUGGGACACGCCGCUCUUCUUCGCACGCGGCACCGAACGCAUGCGCGUGCUGGCGCGCGGGCUGGGGCUGCCGUUCUGGCGCGUGGGGACGACGCCGCGGCUGGUCACAGUCUCCAUGGUCAACGACGCCCUGGGCCGCAUCGUUGUGGAGGGGGUGCUGGAAUUCUACCCGCGGCUGCCAUGGCCGCUGAGCGCCGUGGCCCCGGAGAGCUUCCCCCUGCACGUGUCCUGGAGCAUCAUCGCGCGCGGCGAGGACGACCGGAUCAUGAGUGUCACCGAGUCCCUGCACAACGUGCCCAAGGUGCCUUACGUGGUGCGCGCCGCCGCGGCCACGGCCCUCUCGACCGCCGCCCUCACAGUCUUCUGA